UAGGCGUGAUAAACCCAGGAUUUAUCUGAAGAAUGAGCUAAUCUGGACACGUGACAAAUCUUUAGCCGACCUCGGUUACUCGCUCUACAGCGUUUGGGACCGAGCCACGUGGUGCACCUGAGGGGCCUUUGGGUCAUUUAACUAUAAAGCCAUCCAAACUCGCGUCGUGGCAGUGAGUGAUUGGCCAAGACGCUGACUCAUACAGAAUAUCGUGAUUCAGUGCGGCUCGCAUACAAAGAGUCUUGUGUAUUAAACCACCGAAGGCGCAGUGAGGAUGGAGGUAGUAGGGUUUAAUACUGUCUUUGUUAGCUUUGCCGCUCUCUCUUUCGCAGAAGCCGAAACCUCAGGCUCUGGUUCAACACGCAGAGAGGGUGAGAGAGAGAUAGAUCAGGGUCGAAGGGAAGCGAAAUCAGAUACCUCUCUAUGAUGGCGGAUGCUGCGAUUUGUGGUGCGGGGGGCAAAACAGUUGAUGAUGGGUUGCCGGAGUCUUCAGCGCCGUCUUCGAACGGAUCUCCGUUCCCGAGAAAAAUCAAAUUCCAUCUCGCGAGGAAUCCCUUCGCAGGCUUCUCUAAUGGUGGCGGUGAUUUUUGGCUCGAGACUCUGAACCCCAAUUCGGAAACUCAGAGACCCGGGUGUGGCCCGGGGCGUUCGAUUGCGAAGAAAUCGGAUGGUUCUGAAGUUGUUGAAAGUGGGUUGGAUCCGGAGAUCAGUUUGGGGAUUACCUUCCGUAGAAUUGGCGCUGGUUUGGAAAAUCUUGGAAAUACUUGUUUCCUCAAUUCAGUAUUGCAAUGUCUGACGUACACUGAGCCUUUAGCAGCAUACCUGCAAAGUGGCAAACAUCAAACAUCAUGCCAUAUUGCUGGAUUUUGUGCAUUAUGCGCUAUUCAGAAACAUGUUAGCCGUGCUCUGCAAUCAACUGGGAGAAUAUUAGCACCAAAGGAUCUUGUCUCAAAUUUGCGGUGCAUAUCUCGAAACUUCCGAAAUGCUAGGCAGGAGGAUGCACAUGAAUACAUGGUGAAUUUGCUGGAAUCAAUGCACAAAUGUUGCUUGCCUUCAGGAGUGCCCAGCGAAUCUCCCAGUGCUUAUGAGAAAAGCUUGGUGCACAGAAUUUUUGGUGGUCGCCUCCGAAGUCAGGUUAAAUGUAUGCAGUGUUCCUACUGUUCCAACAAGUUUGAUCCAUUCUUAGAUUUGAGUCUUGAAAUAGUCAAAGCAGAUUCCUUGCAUAAGGCACUUGUGCACUUUACCGCCACUGAGCAGUUAGAUGGAGGGGAAAGACAGUACCAGUGCCAACGAUGCAAGCAAAAAGUGAAGGCUCUUAAACAGCUCACAGUCCACAAAGCACCUUAUGUCCUUACCAUCCAUCUGAAGCGGUUCGCUUCAUAUGAUCCUGGUCAAAAGAUUGACAGGAAAGUUCAUUUUGGUCCCACAUUGGACUUGAAGCCUUUUGUCAGUGGUUCCUAUGAUGGAGACCUGAAGUACACUCUUUAUGGGGUUCUGGUUCAUGCCGGCUGGAGUACCCAUUCAGGCCACUAUUACUGCUUUGUUCGGACAUCAACUGGCUUGUGGUACUCUCUCGAUGACAACAUGGUUGUGCAAGUUAGUGAGAGGACUGUUCUGGAGCAAAAGGCUUACAUGUUGUUCUAUGUACGUGAGAGGAAAAAUUUUACUUCGAAGAUACCUGUUGAUAUUCAGAAAGGAAGUUUGAAUAUGAAUGGGAUGGGAAAUAAAACACAUUCCUCUUCCAACCAAUCUGUAAAAGAAACUAUUCAAAAUGGUCAAAUUGCGAAAAGAUUAAAUGGUGUGGCAGUUUCUGUUGCUGUUGCUCAAAGAGAUGCAUUAAGUGUUAAUUCAUCAAAGGAGACCCUGCACAAGGAUGCACGUGUUCUAGCUCAAAGAGAUUUAUCAACUGUUGGUUCAUCAACAGAGAUCCUGCUGAAGGAAGCACCUAUUCAGAAAAUUGAUAGCCCUGCAGCAUCUGUGAAGACAGACCCUGUACUAGAAUCUUCAUCCAAGCCACCAUUGUUGAACACAGUAAAAGGGCUCCCUGAGGCAAAGCCAGAUGUUGAAGAACGUUUUCUAUCAUUGCCUCCAUGUGUUAAGGUCAGUCAUGAGACUUCUAAUACCGUUAAUCAACUGGUCUCGAUGGCUGGUAGCAAAAUUACAGGCUGUGAUGAGGAUAAAAAUUCUAAAAAAGAUCUUGGUUCCUCGGUUGCCUCACCGCCCACCUGCAAUGGCCCCCAUUAUUCUGCUAUUGUCAAGCCUGUCUUGGAAAGGACCUCUCAGGAGAUUAAUAUUGGUUCGGGUGAUGGGGAUCUGAAAGUAGUUCCAUCCAGGAACCAUGAUGCUGAAAUGGUGGAAAAAAUUGACAUGGUCAUGUCACCAAAACAACCAAGCAGAAAGCCUAGUCAGGUUGAAUGCAUUAAAAAUGGAAGUGAUGCUGUUGAUUCAGUCAGUGAAAAGGCUGAUCAUAGUGUUCAGGGAUUGGUUGCUGUUGGGUCAUUAGAGUCAUCCAUUCCAUUAGUCACGACCAGUGCAUCUUUAGACCUGAAAUCUCGUCGUUCUGUAGAUUACAAGAAAUCCAGAAUGAAGUUUGUGAAAUGUCGAGUUGCAAGCAUGCAUCUUGGCUCAAACAUCCUUUUUGGGGCAUCUUUAACCUUGCGGAAGAAGAAAAAGCACAAAAAGAGCAAACGGCGCACCAUGUGCAGUAAAGAUCUCAUUAAAGAAAACUUGUUUGAUGGAGAUUGCGUCUCAGCUGGUCUGGGACCAUCUACUUCUGAAAAAACAAAGACAAUUUCCUUGCACCCCACACUUUCUUGUAAAAAGGGGCGUCAAUCUAGGCCAAAGAAAGGGGACAAGGGUACUUCAAAGGAUGGGUUAAAGGCGUGCGGUGAUUCUUUGGCAGAAAUUAGAAAUACAGAUGAAGAAUUUAGGAGGGGAACUAGUCAGAACGGUGCUGUGCUUGCUACAGAUAAGCAAACAUCAAAAUGCGCUAGUUCUAGCUUGGCCACAAACCAGCGUGAUGCUGGGGAAGCUGAAAGUUUGGGGGAUAGCAAAAGGGCUUCAAUACAGAAUGGUUUGAUGAAUAUGCUUACCAGAGGUCUGGAUGAGAGAAUUGUUGCACGGUGGGAUGGGAUAGAAUUGUCUCCAUCUACGAAUAUGGAAUCAAGUACGAUGAAGGGUAACAGCAUUGGCUAUAUAUUGGAUGAAUGGGAUGAAGAAUACGACCAGGGUAAAAGGAAGAAGGUAAGGAAAUCAAAUAGCAUCUUCGGGGGACCAAAUCUUUUCCAAGAAAUUGCGAUGAAGAAGGCAGAGAUAAAGAAGUUGAAGAUGCACCACACCCAAUCCAACUGGGGAAACCAGCCAUUUAGGAUAUAGUGAGAGUAUCCUCAACUUGACUUGUAUGCCCUGCCAUUAAAUUUUUGUAUUUGAUUAUUGCUCCAACAGCUUGGGGAAUAAUCGCCAGUGGGAGAUCCUCAUUUUUUUUUUUUUUUUCUCUUUUGAGAGAGAGAAAGAGAGAGACACACGUGUGUUGAAGACUAUUGGCGGAAAGAGCUACCUGUUUUGAUGAAUGCCGUGACCUUUUUCUUGUCUCAUUCCCAAAAA